GUUAUGUGAAAGCCUGGGAGUGCUAGCGUUCCACAACAGUUUUUUGGCGGAGCUUAUGGCAAUGGCGACAGCAAUUGAGAUGGUGAUGAGUUUGGACAUUCCUCAGGUGGUGAUUGAAUCAGAUUCUUUGGAAGUGGUCCAGGUCAUCAACACCCCUCAAGCACCAUCCCACCCUUUUGUUGAGAUUAUCCAGCGUGUGCUUCUCCUGAAACAUGCUCAUGGUAGUAUGAUGUUCUAGAGAAGGUAACGCUCUAGCUGACUACCUGGUGCAUGUGGCCCUUGAUUCCCCUCUUGGGGUGCAUUACUUGGAUUUCCCAAUAGGGCCUGCCAUAGAUUGUUAGCUUCUGAUUCUCCGGAGGCCUUGGUUCCUGGUCCGGUGCAUAGUUAGUGCUUGUUUUCUUGGGGCUUAGCCCUUCCGCGUAACCAAAAAAAAUAUAAGACCCUAUCCUUGGUUGCACUUCAUCUAUUAUUUAUCCCUACAUAACAAAUUUGAGUUUUUGAAACUUGUCCUACUAAAAGCUCUGCCCUCUCUCCUCGUUUGCACGCUUGACCCAGCCUCCUUGGGUGGCCUCCGCGCCGCCACUGUGCGUGGCGGCAACCCCGUCGCCUUCUUACCUCUUGUCUGCUCUUUUACUUUCCGAGACCUGGUUUCCUUGUCUUUUCGCGGUGGCUGGCCUCUUUUGCUUUUAAUAAAGUGGCGGACCGCCCUUGCCGAUCUCCCUUCUUGUCACGGCGGCGAAGCUUUGGAUCGGCCUAUCUAGGUCGUGCUCGCCUCAUGUCUCUCCCUCCUUCCUCGUGCUUCAUCAGUGUCUUGCUCUGCGUUUGGUGGCGUUAUCGUCCGCCUCCUUUUUCAGUCGUUCUCGCUGCUGUUUCGUUUUUGGGGUCGUGUUACAGAUCUGGCUUCGUUGGUUCUUUCAGAUCCGACAUCAUUGGGUCCGGUGGUGGCUGGCUUGUUCGUGGGUCUAUGCCAAACAAUGUCGGCGGUGGUUCUUGGGGCGUGCGACGAUAGAUCCGAAAUAGAACCCAGGUGUGUGACUUCUUCACCCUCCCUAAUUGCUCCUUCACCGCCUGCAAACGCCGCACGCUCGCUGUGAGAGGUGAACCUGUUUUCUUUUUAGACUGCUGGACUCCAAUCGUAGCUUCAAUCCAGGUUUUGAAUGGUGGCACCAGCUAUUUAUAUAAGCCAAGAAUUAUGUUUUUAAGACCCUCUUUUACUGGUAGAGUUUAUAUUUCAUCUUCAUGGAAUGAGCUUGCUUAUGGAAUGCUAGAUUUAUAUGAAGCCAAAGGAGUGGAGUGGAGUUGCGUUAGCAAAGAAAUCGGGAAUUGGGUUUGGAGCCCCACCCUUUAGGCUCCCCGUCCCACCCUUUUUUUUUAAACUCAAAAGUACCCUACGGAUUUUUAUAUUCCGUAUUCUGUUUAAUGAAUACAGAAUAUAAACAACUGUAUUUUAACCCAAAAUGUACUCUACUGUUUUUUAUAUUCCGUAUUCUGUAUAAUGAAUACGGCAUAUCAAAAACCGUAUUUUAUCUCACAGUCUGAUCACCUUUUCCACCAUUACUCCUCCCUCCACCAACUCCUCCCAUGACCCCUGUACUUUUUCUGACAAGCAGGUCACGGACCUUUCCCACAUUACUCAUUUCCAUCACCAUUACUCCUCAACUCCCUCACAUUUCUUCUUCCCACCACCACCAACAUAUCCACUUUCCUUCUUUCCAUCACCACCACCACCACCGCCGCCAUCUCCUGGAUGACAGACUCUUAUAUUUUUGGUGAAUCACAAUUGAUAAAGGCUGAAUUGGAAAAUGAUCAUCUUAAAGAGGAGCAACCUGGUCCAUUUGUACCCCCGAGUAUAAGUAUAGAUGUCUCCCAUUUAUAUGCAACUAAUCAGCGUUUCCCUACAUGAGAUGAUCUUCUCAAAUGGGUUCACGACAUUUCGAUUAGAAAUAAUUAUGUUCUGAUGAUCACAAAGUCUGAUAGUGGUGCGAAUGGAAGAAAAUAAUAUGUUUAUCUGGGGUGUGGGAAGCAUGGUUUGUAUGCUCCCUACAAAGAACAUGAUCUUGUUGAAGGAACAGAAACACAAAAGACAGGUUGUCCUUUUAGACUAAAAGGACGACCUACAAAAAAUGGUAGAUAUUGGUGGCUCAGGUGAUGGAGGGUAAACACAUCCAUGAACCAGCUAAGUCACUACUUGGCCACAAUUACGUUGGUCGGCUAACUAGUAAUGAGAAGGAGGAAGUGAUAAAACAGGCUAAGAUUCGGGUUCCACCGAGAAAGAUGUUGUUGUCCUUGAAGGAAAAAAAUCCUGCAACCUUUUCUACCAUCCGACAAAUUUAUGGUGUUUGCAAGAGGUUUUGACAAUCCGUUCGUGAGUCAUUGACAGAGAUGCAACACUUGCUGAAGAAGUUGGACGGUGACAAGUAUGUUCACUUUGAAAGGAAUGAACCUGGAUCGAAAGUCAUCAAAGAUGUAUUUUGGGCUCAUCCGAAUGCUGUCAAACUGUUCAACACAUUUCCUUAUGUAGUGAUCAUGGAUUGCACAUACAAGACAAGCAAAUAUAAACUACUCUUGCUCGAGAUUGUUGGCCUAACCUCCACAGAUAAAACAUACUCAAUAGCAUUCUGCUACAUUGGUAGUGAGGGCACAGAUUACUACAUUUGGGCCUAAAAGUGUAUGAAGUCUCUUAUUGCCGACCAAGCCAGAUUGCCUACAGUGAUUGUGACUGACCGAGAUCUGGCCUUACUGGGUGCUGUUAAACAAAGCCUUCCCACAACUACCCAUUUAUUAUGCUUGUGGCACAUCAAAAAGUGUGUUUUGGUAAAGUGCAAAUUGUAUGUUGGCACAAAUAAUUUUGCUGUAGAGGUUAUAGACAAGUGGGCCGAGUUGGUAGAUGCUGCAACAGUUGAAGAAUUUGAAGGUCAUUGGAUGGAAUUGUUUAAAAUGUGCAAGGAUAAAUACAACAACUUUAUCACUUAUUGUUCUACUACAUGGUUGGUCCACAAGGAGAAACUUUCCAAGGCAUGGACAAAUCAUGUGAUGCAUUUUGGAACAACAACAAGCAACAGGGCUGAAGGUGCACAUGCCAGCUUGAAGAGGAUGUUGCGGAACAGCAAGGGUGACCUGGCCACUUCAUGGGAUGUGUCGCAUAGUUUGACCUUGAAUCGUCACACUGAGAUAGUAGCAUCGUUUGAGCGCAGUAUUAACAGAAUUGAUCACAUUUUCAAGACCCCAUUCUACAUAAAUAUUAGAGGAUUUGUGUCAAACAAAUGCUUGCAACUCAUUGAUACUGAACAGAUAAGAACGAAGUCCUACGGCGGCAGAUGCGAUUGCUUAUUGAGAGAGACUCAUGGACUACCUUGCGGUUGUCAACUUGCAGGUUACAGAAGAAUUCUGUAUGAGGCAAUUCAUCCAUUCUGGAAGAGCCUAAGUUGGGAGCAUGUACCUGUUGCAAAGACUGGCAGCUCAAAUAUUUGCGGCCUAAACCAUGGAGAAAUGCACCCAGAAGUAGAUGCACUGACACUUUAUUUCCAUUCUUUGGAUACUGGAGGGCAGAGUAUGGUUAGGAGGAAGCUUCAGGCGAUAUAUUGUCCUGAAAGCAGUUCACUGGGUACUCCUGAGGUUCGGAUAAAGUCCAACCGCACUCUUAAGUUGAAGGAGAGCAAACCACCCAAGGGUCGAACAAUAGGAUCCUUGACUCGUGAUCCUUCAGGGUUUGAACAUGUUGACAUGGAGAUGAAAGCGGCAAAGAAGGCUUCACAACCAGCAAAGAAGGCUUCACAACCAGCAAAGAGGAAGAAGUGUGUGAAGAAUUCUGAUACAAGCUAUUUCAUGAGUCAUUUUCCAGCCUUUCUCCAUCCAUAUAUAGACGGAGUUACAAAUGUUGAGGAUGAUGACAACUGUGGCUAUAGAUCCAUUGCUGCAUUACUGGGGCAUUCCUAUGGUGAGGACGGUUGGCCUUGGAUUAGGGCAUCGUUGAUAGGAGAACUUGAACAUAAUAUGUUGAUGUAUGAGUCCAUGUGGUCCAGACAGAUUGUUAAUGCCUUACAUGAUCGACUCACUCUUCCUCAUGGUGACCCGGCCACCCCUGAUAAAUGGAUGCAACUGCCAUAGAUGGGAUACCUUGUGGCAACAAAGUUCCAAGUGGUUCUCAUAACCUUCUCCUCUAAGGGUUGUAACACAUACCUUCCACUAAGAGAAGCCGGUCCACCAGAUUUGCAUCCUGCUAUAGCUAUUGGUCAUGUGAUAAAUCACUAUAUACAUGUAUAUUUUGAUUAAGUAGACUAAUAUUUUGGUUCCCUACUAGCUUGUCAAUUAAUUUUUGUAUUUGGAAGUUAUCUAAUUUUUUGGUUAUUUCCUAUAAUAUAGCUCCAUUUAACUCCUGGACACCCUAUGCCGCCUAUUGCUCCCCAAUGGCAAUGGCAUGCUGAUGCUGCCUCCGGAUACUGACACGGCCCAUAUGGUCUUCGUUUUGACAUGUUCGCUGCAGAAUUUUGGCUUGCGAAUUUUGCUCCUCUUGGUCAUAUUCAAGAUAGCUAUGUGGACAUCACCACAAAUUGAGUGUUUCAUAUCGUGUAAUAUUCAUUUGUAAACGCUCUGUAAUAUUAAUUUGAUGACUUAUCCUUAGGUUGUUUAGGAUAACUAUGUAGACAGAACCAUAGAUUGACAGGUCACUGCGUGUAAUGUUCACUUGCUGCUUUUGGUAAUAUUAAUUUGUUGUUACGUUGUUAA